AUGGCACCUCGGGUACCCUUGAUAUUUGGCACUAUGACCAUCGGCGAAGCAGGGAAGAACGGGGUUCGCAAUGCCGAUAAGAAAGAAUGCCAGGAAAUCCUGGAUGUAUUCUUCAACCAUGGUCACAGCGAGCUGGACACCGCGAGGAUGUAUGCCGAGGGGACGACCGAAGCAUACCUAGCCUCGCUUGAUUUGAAAGACGCGACUGUUGACACCAAAGUUUACCCCGUGAAGCCGGGAGACCACGCCCCGUCUGCACUUCGCAAGACAUUCGAAACCUCUCUGAACACCUUGAAUCGUCAGAAAGUUCGCGUAUUCUAUCUGCACGCCCCAGACCGCAGCAUGCCAUUCGAAGAGACCCUGGGCGAAGCCGACAAGCUGUACAAAGAGGGGAAGUUCGAGAUCCUAGGGUUGAGCAACUACGCCUCCUGGGAGGUCGCCGAGAUCGUGGGGAUCUGCAGAACCAAGGGCUACGUGCAACCCAAAAUCUAUCAGGCGAUGUACAACGCCAUCACUCGCGCAAUCGAGCCCGAGCUCGUUCCUUGCUGCAGGAAAUACGGCAUCCGAAUCGUGGUCUAUAAUCCUCUCGCAGGCGGGUUCUUUGCAGGGAAAGUUCCGUCCGUCUCUGCGGAGGCACCGAAAGGUGGCCGCUUCGAUCCGAGCUCCAAGAUGGGCGAGAUGUACCGAGCACGAUACCUUCGGGACGGAUACUUCCAAGCUCUUGAGCUACUGAAAGGUGUCGCUGAGAAGCAUUCUCUCCGCUUGACCGAGAUCGCUCUGCGGUGGUGCCAACACCAUUCUGCUCUGACGGAAACCGACGGGAUCAUCCUUGGUGCGUCUUCAGCUGCGCAGCUAGAGCACAACUGCGAAGAUAGCGAGAAAGGCCCUCUGCCCGAGGAGAUCAUUCAGGCACUCGAUGAAGCCUGGAAGAUCGUCCUGCCCUCUGCGCCUACGUACUGGAGAUAA